AUGGUAUUGAAGAAAUUGGGGUUUGAGGGGUGUGUGGGGGUGGACCCGAGGGGCCAUAGUGGGGGUCUUCUUCUCUUAUGGAGGACAAUGGAGAUGGUGGAAUUGAUCAAUUUCUCCAAUAGGCAUAUAAAUGGUUGGAUUGAUGAAGGGGAUGGGGGUAACAAGUGGCUGCUAACAGCCUUCAAUAGGCAUCCAGAGGCUAACAAAAGACAAGGUUCUUGGGACCUUUUAUCUUCUUUUGAUCCGGGAAGCUUAACUGACCUGGGUUGGAGGGGGAGUAAAUUCACAUGGUGUAAUGGGCAUGUCAAUGAAUCUGUUAUCAGAGAAAGGCUAGACCGUGCUGUAGCUAACCAUGCUUGGAGGUAUAAAUAUGGUGAGACUAGUGUGGACAUCUUGGCAGUUGUAUGCUCAGAUCAUUGUCCUUUGUUGGUGUCCUGUACUAGAGCAGAAAGUAGAAGAGUGUGUCGAAGGGGCCAUUCCUUUAAGUAUGAAAUAAGCUGGGAUUUGGGGGAGGGAUGCAGGGAUGUGAUAAAAGAUGUAUGGGAAAGGGAUAGAAGACAAUUGAGUCCACAAGAAAAAAUAAAAAAUAAGUUGUUAGGGUGUAGGGGUGCUUUGAGCUUCUGGAGUAGAAGGAGGUUAAGAGAAGGGAAUCAAUUAUUAAAGGAGAAAAUGGGAGAACUAAAGAAGCUGCAGGAGGAUGAGAGUAAUGCACAACUGCCUCUUAUUAAAGUUAAAAGUAAGGAAGUAGAGGAGUUGUUGGAGAAAGAAAACUUGAAAUGGAAAGUUAGAGCUAAGAAACACUGGUUACAGCAUGGUGAUAGGAAUACCAGGUAUUUUCAUACUUGUGCUUCUCAAAGAAGGAGAAAAAACACAAUUGUGCAGAUCAGAGAUGAGGAAGGGAGAAGUGUUGGGAGGGAGGAGCAGAUUGAGCAGAUUUUCAGUGAGUAUUUUAGGGGGAUUUACACAUCCUCAAACCCUUCACUGGAGCAAGUGGAACACUGUUUGAAUGGGCUAGAGCAAAAAAUUCAUGGUGAAAAAAGGAGAAAGAUGGAAAGAAGUUUUACAACAGAGGAAGUUGAGAGGGCUUUAAAGCAGAUGUCAGUUCUAAAAUCCCCGGGACCAGAUGGCUUUGGGUGGGAUUUUAUAAAAACCAUUGGGAGGGCUUUAACAGAAGAAUGGGGAAGAGUGGUCAACAUCUUGGGCAACUAUGAAUUGGCUUCAGGUCAGACUCUCAAUAAACAAAAAACAACUAUCAUGUUCAGCUCUAAUACAAAGAAGGCAGUGCAAAAAGAGGUAGUAAAUGGGAUAGAUGUUAAUGGAUGUAACAAUUAUGAAAGUUACCUUGGACUUCCAGCAAUGGUGGGGAGGGCAAAGUAUAAAACAUUCCAAGGCAUUAAGGAAAGAAUUUGGCAGAAAAUUCAGAACUGGAAAAAUAUUUUCCUAUCAAAAGCUGGGAAGGAGAUAAUGAUCAAAGCAGUUCUGCAAGCUGUCCCAACAUACUCAAUGAGUGUAUUCAGAUUGCCUAAAAAAUUGUGUAAUGAUCUUGAGGCUAUUAUGGCAAGAUUCUGGUGGAAACAAGGUAAGAAUAAGUCAGGUAUCCAUUGGAAGAGAUGGGAGUUUUUGGGGGAGUCAAAAGCUGUGGGAGGUCUUGGCUUUAGGGAUAUGGAAAAUUUUAACAAAGCCAUGUUGGCAAAACAGGGAUGGAGACUUAUGAAAAUGGAGGAUUCCCUAGUUGCAAAAAUCAAUAAAGAGAAAUAUUUCAAGAAUGAAACUUUCACUGAAGCUAAACUGGGUAUGAUGCCUUCUUUCAUAUGGAGAAGCCUGUGGUCAGUACAAGAGGUUGUGAAAAAUGGAGAGUAG